GCGAAGGAAUCGCCAUAUUGAAAAUUUCUAUAAAUACCAUUGUAAUUUCCAUUCCCUAAAAUAGCACAAGUUGGAAGAUUUUGCCGAACCUCAUUUUACUGGACAGUAAAAAUAGAAGUGCUUGGAUAUUUUCGUUCAUCUCGUGGUUUUGUUUUGGUUCAGGCAUUUGGAAGACUACUUAGCACAAUGGGAAGAAAGAAGAUACAGAUUGUGCGCAUUAAUGAUGAACGUAAUAGACAGGUAACAUUCACAAAACGGAAAUUUGGCCUGAUGAAGAAAGCCUAUGAGCUGUCUGUAUUGUGUGAUUGCGAGAUUGCCCUUAUAAUCUUCACAAGCAACAAUAAACUAUAUCAGUAUGCAAGUUCUGAUAUGGACAAGGUCCUUCUCAAAUACACAGAAUACAACGACACUGUUGUCAGCCAGACAAACAAAGAUAUUGUGGAGCUUCUUAAUAAGAAGGAGAAUAAAGGAACUGAUCUGGAUGGGGAGGAUGAAGAUUUUCCACUGACACCACGGACUGAAGAAAGCUAUCGUCGAAUUGAUGAGCAGUAUGCACGUGCAAUGCAACAAAGCUCAGUCAAGAGUCUAACACCAUUUCAGAAUGCAGUUCCUGUCACUGUGCCUACUCAAUACUCUCAAGCUCAGGUCCCUGUGACAGGUGCAGGUUCGAACACUGUUGUAUUGUUGCAGCCACCACCAUCAACUGCAAAUUCUUCGAGUACCUCACCAAAUACUACAGGAAGCCACAUCAGCUCAAUGUCUUCGCGAGCAUCACCUCAGCCUCAGGGGACUAUGACUUCAAGAACAUCCCCAGUGCCUGUUGCACUACAUGAGGCUAUGCCUAUUUCAACAUCUUCAAAGAAACCAGGGCUCAAGGUCCUGAUUCCUGAUCGUGGAGGUGGUGGCAUUAUAAAUGCUUCAAGGGGUGCUGUGAGUACUGCUUUAGAAACCCCUGCCGUGUCAAUAGCAACACCAACUCAACAAGCUGCACCAAAUUCACAGCUGCAAAAUGCAGUUUUGACAGCAGGAGAUUUUCAGCUUGGAAGUGCAGAUUUGGCAGGAUUGUCACCUUUGGUGUAUCAGUGGAGUGCUCAAGGAGGACAGGGUCCACUGACAGCUGCUGUAUGUGCUGCAGGCUUGACGUUUACACCAAGUGGUUCUUUGUCAUUUUCCACUUCUGCUGGAGCCAUGCCAAUCUUAUCAGUAGCACCUCAAGCUGUCAAAGGAGUAACUCAGGGAGUAGUGAAGACUGAACCAGUCUCCCCAAAUCAUGAAAUCAACAGUACAGGAGCUACAACAGUAUCUACUGUUACAACAUCCUUAGAAGCAAGCAGUUCUGGGAGAUGUCAUGGUUCAUCCUCUCCACAGUCUCCAGAAUAUGAUGAAGAUGAAGAGGAUGAGGAUGAAGAAGAGGAUGAACCUCAAGAAAAAAGACUAAAGCUCAGAUCAGAUGACUGAGAGCAGUGUGGACACAAACUAACACAUAAUAAAGAACAGAAAAAACUGUUGUGCUACAAUUUGGUGAUUAUUAUUUGUAACUUAACUUUCAUCUUAAACUUUUGCUUUUAACUCCAUGACCAAAUCUAAAGCAGAAAACAACUAUGCAAUAUAUGAACAUGGGAUUUUUUUAAACUGGAGAUGACAUGAAGAAUGAAAUAAGAUCAAUUGCAAAACAGCAAUAAAUGCUUCUUAUUUUAUUAGUCAUUAAGUUUUCAUAGACAUCUAUAAUUAUAACCCUAAAACUUUAAUUUUUUUAUAUUCUUUGAUUCUUCCAAAACUUCAUAAUUCUCUUCUUUCUGCAUUUCCAUUACUUGAAACUGCAAACAAAAUAGAUUUAAGUCUGUCAGGUAGAAUCUUCUCAUUAGAAAUGUUUUAUAUUAGAAAUAACAAAAUAAGCUUACUUGUUUUCUGUGGUGCUGUAAUAUCGAGUUUAUUGUUGAAUUUCAUGCUAAAUAACUUUUUAAACUGUCAGUUUAAAGAUUUCAUCAAAAUCAUCAUAUUUUUUUCAUUUUCAUUGCAUUCUUGAAAUCUUGAUGGUCAUAAAUGCAUGAUUGAAGAUUUCUUUCUCAACCUUUUAUUUCUCUGUAACUAUUAGAGGGCUAUAUGUCAUUCUUGUUAAUAAUUUUUAACAUGUGAUUAUAAGGAUAACAAAAGUUAGUCUUUCACUUUUUUUGCCAUUUUUCCUCUCAAGCUUGUUGCAUUUUCUCUCAAAGGUAAUUGCAUUUUAUAUUUUAUUAAGCAUCUCAGAGGUUAACUUAAAUCAAAUGUGAAAUUAAUCUCAGAGUUGUUUGCAAGUUAGCAAAAGAUGCAGUUGUUAUUAGCUCUUUACAAAAGUGCAUAGUUAAUUUUUUUCAGUAAUGGUCAGUUCUCAUUCUCAGAAUGUACCUCAUUCUAUAAAAUCAUUUUGACAUUUGUAUAAUGUUCUAUCACCAAAUUAUGGACAUGCUCUUAACACUCAUCAAUUUACAGUAGAACAUGAACUAUAGAAAGUUCUAAAACAAUUGAAAACAUUGAAAGCUGUAAAUAAUAUGAAACAGUAAGUUGUGGCUUAAAAUGUAAGAUGUAUUUUGAACAA